GCUGAUUGGGCAGGUUAAUAUGUAUGCGGCUCAGGCAGCUGCAGAAAGGCAAAGUAGAAAGCCCAGUGAGCUGAUUGGCGCAGGUGGGCCGCCGGCUGGCUGAUUGCGUGUCCCAGCAGAGAGCGGCGCUAGGUACAUAUACAUGAGAGUGCGCCGGCCCCUCCCCCAGUAGCGCUGCAUAUUACCGGCGCAUUAACAGCCCCGCUUUGCACCAUGCCUUCCCCUAUCCCUGUGGAGCGCUUCCUGCCCCGGGACCUGUCCCCAUCCAUAGACCUGAGGCCAUGCAGCAGCCCGCUGGAACUGAGCCACCGCAAAGUGCCGGGCAGCGGCCGCCACCGCCUCCUCCCUCCCCGCCUGGCCUGGUGCAGUAUUGACUGGGAGCAGGUGCGGCUGCUGGAGCCGGUGGGUUCCGGGGGGUUCGGCUCCGUGUACCGGGCCAUAUACAAAGGGGAGACCGUGGCGCUGAAGAAGGUGAAGCGUUGCACCAAGAACAGCCUGGCCUCCCGGCAGAGCUUCUGGGCCGAACUGAACGCAGCCCGGCUCCGCCAUCCGCAUGUGGUGCGCGUCCUGGCCGCCAGCGCCUCUUGCCCCGGGGACCCCGGCUGCCCCGGUACCAUUAUCAUGGAAUACGCCGGGACCGACACCCUGCAUGGCCGUAUCUAUGGGCGCUGCCCGCCGCUGGGGGCUGCCGUGUGUAUGCGCUAUGCCCGACACGUCGCCGACGGACUGUGCUUUCUGCACCGGGAUGGGGUGGUGCAUCUGGAUCUGAAACCGGCCAAUGUCCUGCUUGCCCCGGGGGGCCUGUGUAAGAUCGGGGAUUUCGGCUGCUCUCAGAGGCUCCGGGAUGGGGAUUCUGCUGGGGGGGAGCCGUGUUGCACCCAACUCCGCCAUGUCGGGGGGACCUACACCCACCGAGCCCCGGAGCUGCUCAAGGGAGAACCCGUCACUGCCAAAGCCGAUAUCUACUCGUUCGCCAUUACCCUGUGGCAGAUGGUGAGCCGGGAGUUGCCCUACACCGGGGACCGCCAGUGCGUUCUCUAUGCGGUAGUGGCCUAUGCUCUGCGGCCGGAGAUGGGCCCGUUAUUCAGCUGCACGGAGGAGGGCAGAGCGGUCCGGCACAUUGUGCAGAGCUGUUGGGCAGCCCGACCUGAGGAGAGACCGAGUGCCGAGCAACUGCUGGAGAGACUGGAGCAGGAAUCUGCCCUGUACAGAGGGGUCUCUUCCUCCCCUAGCGCUCAGUAUACCUCCCCUCCUCUUAGCGCUGCCCAUAGAGGCCCAUAGAGACCCAGCGCAGGGACCCCCUCAGCACUAUAGUACAGGAUAUACAGCCCCAGUACAGGGACCCCCUCAGCACUAUAGUACAGGAUAUACAGCCCCAGUACAGGGACCCCCUCGGCACUAUAGUACAGGAUAUACAGCCCCAGUACAGGGACCCCCUCAGCACUAUAGUACAGGAUAUACAGCCCCAGUACAGGGACCCCCUCAGCACUAUAGUACAGGAUAUACAGCCCCAGUACAGGGACCCCCUCAGCACUAUAGUACAGGAUAUACAGCCCCAGUACAGGGACCCCCUCAGCACUAUAGUACAGGAUAUACAGCCCCAGUACAGGGAUCCCCUCAGCACUAUAGUACAGGAUAUACAGCCCCAGUACAGGGACCCCCUCAGCACUAUAGUACAGGAUAUACAGCCCCAGUACAGGGACCCCCUCAGGGCUGCAGCACAGGGCAUGUAAACCUAGAACAGGGAUCCAUUCAGUAACUGUGCCACAGGAGAUCUAGCCCCAGUGCAGGACUUAUUUUGUACCACUGGCUCCCACAGACUUGGCCAUACAGAUGCAGUACAGGGAUCCACACCAGACUGAAAGAAUCCCAGGGAUCAGAUCAAGUUGCUGGGUUCCACACAGUCAUGUAGCAGUGGGCACUAAGGAGACACCUUGCUUGGCCAGAGGGUCUGAAUGAUGACUAGGUGCUCUGGGAUGCCUGUGCCUUGGAAUCUGCCCCAGACUACCUGCAUUCCAAGCAGCUGAAUACUUUGCAGGGACUAUAGGAACUGGUUAACACCUGGUGGCACAAACUAACUGCACCUUAUGAGACCCGCUGGGUUGGUAGAGCUUUCCCAGGCCAAGACUUGGCAUUAGCCAUAAUGGGUUUCUGAAUGUGUGGCACUGAGUCAAAUAUGUUUUGCACAUUUCAUUGUCUGCAUUUUUAUCUUGGGCUUGACUUACUCUUCUGAUUUGUGUGGGAUUAAUUCCUUUUCCUGGGGGCUGUUCACACCAGCUAUGUUAGAAGCUACAUGCUGGCGCUGUCCUAUGAUCAUUUCAGUAGUGAUUGUAUUGGCCGGCUAAUGUAUAAGCCCAUACACAGCCACUGUAUUCAUACAACUGAAUUGCAUUUAGAUCAGUAGCAGGAAUGGGCCUAUUUUUCAGUGUUUUAUGUGUGUCUGGUGUUUUAUGUGUGUUCUCUUCUCAUAUGCACUUUAUGAUGCUAAAUGUAGGAAGCAAGGGUUUCCCUCACAAAAUGGUCAUGCCAUAUAGUGCUGUCAUUCGUUAUCCUUGUUUGGUAUUUCAUUUUUUUUGUAUUGUGGAGGAAACUAGUUACUUGUAAAUCCAAGUGCAUUCAUAGGUAGAAGAUUGUGAUAUUCCUGUCAUUUAUUAUUCCAGACUGUAGGCAGGGAUCAGCUGAACCAUCGCACUUAAGCCAACAACUAAGCAAUUCUGGCAAUCUCAGUUCCACAACCACCUAUUCUCAGGUAACAUAAGUAGAAAGGCCCUUCCCAUGAUAUAGUACAAACUGAGCAUCUCGGUGUCCCUUAUUUUAUAUGGGAAAUGCUUUCAUCCAUAUUCCCAUUCUCCGAGCAGUGAACUGAAUUGUACAAUUAUUGUCCCUACGUGUGAUGUUGGUGCAGUCCGUAGUACAACUGUAGUGUGCAAUAGUCUACACCAUACAUUAAUAUGUUUGAAUUAAACUGAAAUGUAGAACAUCUUAAGUGGCCCCUCCGCACAUUUUUAAAAUGUUAUGUAUUAAUGUAUUUCCCUUUCUAACAGUGAUGCAGCCAUUGUAUAGAUAUUGUGCUGAAUGUACGGCAGGUAUCUCUAUCAGUCACAUGGCUAUACAUCAGUUGGACAAACUGCAAGAUUGACACCUGGGGUUCCUAAAAAAUGCUUCUGUAGGGGACUGUCUCCUUUAAACACUGGCCCCCAGCAUUAGCCUUAUGGGGGUGCACUCGUAGCCAGGAGUUUAUAUGUACCAUUAAUGGCUGGCAAACACAUGGGGCUAUAUUCUCUAAAGCCGGGUGUCUGGCCUGUGUUUGUACAGGUUUUAAAAGAACUUCAGUAGUUGCCGUAUUCAGUCAGUCUGGGUGCACUGGGUCUUGUUUAUAUUUAGAUAUGAAUGACUGCCUUUAACCUUACUUUAUAACACUGAAAAUACCAGCAAUGAUUUAAAUAGUUUUUUUUUUUUUUUUUUUUUAUUUAAAGUGUGGGAAAUUUACAUUGCUGUUAAGUCAUAGCUCUCCAUAUGUGAAAAUAUAUAUAUAUUUUUAUAAUAAAUAAAUUGGUUUGUCUAA